CCUGGGGGCGGUGGGAAAUGUAGUUCAAAGCCGGAAAGCCCGGAUGUGCAGAAGGCCCCCCGCGGAGGCCGCGGUGGCGAAGACCGAGCCGCGGAGACACUCGGGAGGUACCGCUGGCGCGGGAGUACGCAGGCGCAGACGGCUGGCUAGUGGUCGGAGGUGGGUAGUCUCCAGCUAGAAUGGAUCGGGAGCUGAAAAAAGGAAGUCAAAAGUCAGGAAUAGGAAGAGGCUAACAUGACUGGUCCAAUUAUAAUUUAGUGAACCACCCCUUUCCAAAGAGGAUCCCAAAGGAAAACUGACCAUCCCUUGCAGAACUCAAAACUAUGGCUCAGGCAAUUGGUUGGAAUCAAGCUUCAUACUCUGCCCUACUGCCUCCCACCCCCUUCUCCCUCAAGUGUGAAGCAGCUGAUAGAUCAGCUUAGUUCUUAAGCUUCUAGCUGCUGCUUUUUACUCUGCACCCUGAGGGGAGGGAUCAGUUUCAUUCAAAGAUGUGACUGUGGACUUUACUCGAGAGGAGUGGCAGCACCUGGAUCCUGCUCAGAAGACUCUGUACAUGGAUGUGAUGUUGGAAAACUAUUGCCACCUCGUUUCUGUGGGGUGUCGCAUGACCAAGCCUGAUGUGAUCCUCAAGUUGGAACGAGGAGAAGAGCCAUGGACAUCAUUUACAGGUCAUACCUGCUUAGAAGAAACCUGGAAAGCUGAAGACUUUUUAGUGAAAUUCAAGGAACACCAAGAUAAGUAUUCUAGAUCAAUUGUAUUCAUUAACCACAGAAAACUGACUAAGGAGAACAGAAAUGCAUAUGAAAAGACAUUUACUUUAAGCAGAAGCCCUAUAAAUUCAAAAAAUUUUAUUCCUGAGUAUGAUACUCAUGGAAAGAUUUUUAAAAAUGUUUCAGAACUAAUUAGUAAUCUAAGUUCUACAAGAAAGAGACUUAGUGAGUAUAAUAGAUAUGAGAAAUCACUUCUCAAUACUAAACCAGAGACAGCUCACCAUGGAGUCAAAUCCCAUAAUCAGUAUGGCAGCACUGCCAUUCAUAAUGAAGUACUUGUGCAGUAUCAUAAGAUGGAAACUCCAGCACAGUCACUUGGUUAUAAUGACUGCGAGAAAUCAUUUCUUAAAAAAGGAGGCUUAAUUACACGUCAUAGAGCUUACAGAAAGGAAAAUCCAUCCGAAUAUAAUAAAAGAAGAGCAAACAAUAUUGAAAAAAAACAUACAUGCACUGAAUGUGGGAAGUCCUUUUGCAGGAAGUCAGUACUGAUUCUGCAUCAGGGAAUCCACACAGAGGAAAAACCUUACCAAUGUCAUCAGUGUGGAAAUUCAUUUAGAAGGAAGUCAUAUCUCAUUGAUCAUCAGAGAACUCACACAGGAGAGAAACCCUUUGUUUGUAAUGAAUGUGGUAAAUCCUUUCGCUUAAAGACAGCCCUCACUGAUCAUCAGAGAACACAUACAGGGGAGAAAUCAUACGAAUGUCCACAAUGUAGGAAUGCCUUCAGAUUGAAAUCACACCUCAUUCGUCAUCAGAGAACUCAUACAGGAGAGAAACCAUAUGAGUGUAACGACUGUGGGAAGUCUUUCCGCCAGAAGACAACACUUUCUCUACAUCAGAGAAUUCAUACAGGAGAGAAACCUUAUAUUUGUAUAGAAUGUGGGAAGUCCUUUCACCAGAAGGCAAACCUUACUGUACAUCAAAGAACUCAUACAGGGGAAAAGCCCUAUAUUUGUAAUGAAUGUGGGAAAUCCUUUUCCCAGAAGACAACCCUUGCUCUUCAUGAGAAAACUCAUAAUGAGGAGAAACCCUAUAUUUGUAAUGAAUGUGGAAAAUCCUUCCGCCAGAAGACAACCCUCGUAGCACAUCAGAGAACACAUACAGGGGAAAAAUCUUAUGAAUGUCCUCACUGUGGAAAAGCCUUUAGAAUGAAGUCAUACCUCAUUGAUCAUCACAGAACUCACACCGGAGAGAAACCAUAUGAAUGUAAUGAAUGUGGAAAAUCCUUCAGUCAGAAGACAAAUCUCAACCUACAUCAGAGAAUUCAUACAGGGGAAAAACCCUACAUUUGUAAUGAAUGUGGGAAGUCCUUUCGCCAGAAAGCAACCCUCACUGUGCAUCAGAAAAUACAUACAGGCCAAAAAUCCUAUGAAUGUCCUCAGUGUGGAAAAGCCUUUAGCAGGAAGUCAUAUCUCAUUCAUCAUCAAAGAACUCAUACAGGAGAAAAACCAUACAAAUGUAAUGAAUGUGGCAAGUGCUUCCGUCAGAAGACAAAUCUCAUUGUACAUCAGAGAACUCACACAGGGGAGAAACCCUACAUUUGUAAUGAGUGUGGUAAGUCCUUCAGUUAUAAAAGAAACCUAAUUGUCCAUCAGAGAACUCACAAGGGAGAAAACAUGGAAGUGUAAUAACUCUGUGAAGUCUUUCCAGCAUAUUAUAAAACUGUAGUUUUUUUUUUUUAGAGCAUGCUAAUGUAAUUUUAAUCAAAAAUGUAAUUGUUGUUAAUUUAAAGUACCAUACAUCAUAACUGUUUGUCUACUUUUUAUUAGUAUAAAAAGGGCAUGGUCAUUGUUACUGAACUCUAUCAGCAAUGAAUCUAAUUUUUAAACUUUUCAAGUUCUGCUGACUCAUUUUAUUUUUUAAAAACAUAUAUGUAUAGGCAAGAUGAAAAAUAGUUAUAAGCAGUUCUCCAUAAGAGAAAGAAAAUAUGAACUAUAUUUCUCAUUGUACUCAGUGGAAUAAAAAGUAGCUGUUACUUCCCUAAAGAUUAACACUUCCUUGGCUUAUAACAUUGUGAAGUAUUUUUUGCAUGUCUUUAAAUUUUUAUGUUCUCAUCAUA